AUGCAGAAUGAACAAUGGAAAAAGAUAUUAGAAAAAGUAAACGCAGCUGCUUCACUGCAAACUGGUAAUAAACAUGUUGAAGAUACUCCUUUACAUCAGGCUGCUGCAGAGGGUAAGACAGAUGUAGUAAUGGUUUUGUUAGAAGCAGGUGCAGAUGUUAAUGCUAGAGAUAAUAGGGGAAGAACUGCUUUAUAUUUUGUUAAUAAAUAUGGUCAUAAAGAUAUAGUAAAGUUUUUAGUAGAAAAAGGUGCAGAUGUUAAAGCUGCAGAGCAAAAGAGAUCUAUUUCGCAAAUUAUAAAUGAGAUAAAUUUGCUUCCAGGUAUUACUACUGAAGAUCAAGAGGGAUAUACUUCGCAAGUCAUAAAUGAUAUAAACCUGUAUCUAGGUAUUAGUACUGAAGAUCACAAGAUAUACACUACUUUAUAUCGUGCUGCUAAAUUGGCUGCUAACAAUGGUGAUGUAGAUGGAUUCAGGAAUUUAAUAAAAGAAAAUAGAGAUCUUUUUUUGAAGAAUGAAUUUAGAAUAGGAGAACCAGAGUUGAAUGAUGAUAUGAAACAGCUUUGGAAAAAGGCAAUACAAGUAAGAAAAGAACAACCAUUUCAAGCUGCUAGAAGUGGUAAGAUAAAUAUAAUAAAGGAUCUAAUAGAAAAGAAUUCAGGUAUUAUUCAUGCUGGAGAUAACGAUAACAAAACUGUUUUACAUGGGGCUGCUUUAGGUGGUCAUAUGGAUGUAGUAAAGUAUCUAUUAGAAAAAGGUGCAGAUCUUAAUCGUAGGGAUAACGAUGAAAAAACUCCUUUACAUCUGACUGCUGAAAAUGAUCAUAUGGAUGUAGUAAAGUAUCUAUUAGAAAAAGGUGCAGAUCCUUUAUUAGAGGAUAGGAAUGGUAAAAUUCCAGGAGACUUAGCUAAAGAUAGUGAGAUACAGAAGCUUUUGGAAAAGGCAAAAAAAAUAGAACUAUUAUGUAAAGCUGCUAUCAGUGGUAAGAAAAAUGUAGUAAAGGAUCUAUUAGCAACAGAUGUAAGUAUUGUUAAUGCUAGAAAUUGCACAGGAAAAACUGCUUUACAUUGGGCUGCUAGAAAUGGUCAUAAAAAUGUAGUGAAGCUUUUAUUAGAACAAAAAGAUGCAGAUAUUAAUGUUAGAGAUGAUUUGGGAAGGACAGCUUUACAUUGGGCUGCUAGAAAUGGUCAUAAAGAUAUAGUAGGGUUUUUAGUAGAAAAAGGUGCAGAUGCUAAUGCUGUAGAUGACCAAGGAAUAACUGCUUUGGAUUGGGCUAAGGAAUUUAGUCCAGAGGGAGCAAAUGCUAUAUUAGAAGCAGUUGCAAACAACACUAACACUCAAGUAUAUAAUACUCAAGUGAAACAGCAUACCGCUCAGGCAGGGGUAGGUAAGAGUUAG